AUGGCUUCUUCUGCGACUAUCGAAGAUGAAAUCUCGCGAUCGGAGGAGAUCAGAGCGCCUGAUCGGAUCGAGGAGGGGAAUGAUCGUGAUCUUGAUCUUGAUGAAGUUGGAGUUUCGUAUUCCUCCUGUGGAUGUUUCUUCGGAUUCGGAUCGAGACUGUCUCGAAGCAGCAGUGUUCGAUGCCGAUAUCUACUGCUUCGGGAGAACGAAGAAGUGAAGCAGAGUUGGAUGAUGAAGAAGGUGAAGAGAUUCAAGGACAUUAUAAAAGCUAUGGCAGGGCGGAAGUGGAGAAGCUUCAUUAAUGGAAUAGUUAACAAGAGACGGAGUGUGAGGUUUCAGUACGAUCCGAGGAGUUACGCUCUGAAUUUUGACGAAGGGAUGGGAGAAGAAGAAGGUGGAGGUGGACGCCAUGGAUUCCGGCAGCCGUUUGCCUCUCCGAUCGGAUAG